GCGCAGAUGUGGGAUGCCAUAUUGGAACGAUCUCUGUGCUGUGCAGUUGGAAGACGUCGCUCGCUGGCUUCCACCGAACGAAAAAGGCUCGCAAAUUAGACGCGAAAAAAACAUCAUUAAGUGGAGGAAUGAGGGAGAUGCAGUGAAGACUGAGAAGUCUGAAGACAGACGGACAAAGGGUAAAAGGGUAAAGGUCACCAGGAAGAGAGAGCAGGAUGCAGUCCCGCCCACAGGACAGGCCGUUGGCCCACUCCGUGGGGAAAUCCCACAGCCCGGCCAAUGGGAGAGAUGAACGGGUGCACUCAGACGCAGACUCCAUGGAGGAAGAGGCCGACUUUAAUUGGGAGGAGUACCUAGAGGAGACGGGGGCGACCGCGGCACCCCACACCGCUUUCAAACAUGUGGACAUCAGCCUACAGAGCAGCUUCCAGCCGGGGAUGAAGCUGGAGGUGGCCAAUAAGAGCAGCCCAGACACCUACUGGGUGGCCACCAUCGUCACCACCUGUGGCCAGCUGCUGCUGCUGCGCUUCAGUGGCUACGGAGAUGACCGCAAGGCCGACUUCUGGUGUGAUGUCAUGACCGCCGAACUCCACCCAGUAGGCUGGUGCUCCCAGAACAACAAGACCCUCCAACCCCCUGAAGAUAACGUUUACCUAAGAAAAGCCAUCAAGGAGAAGUACAGUGACUGGACAGAUUUUCUCAUCCAGGACUUGACUGGCUCACGGACCGCACCAGCAAACCUACUGGAAGGGCCUCUGAGGGGGAAGAACACAGUGGAUCUGAUUGUGGAGGGUUCGGUGAUUGAGGUACGGGACCUCACUGACCCCUCACUCUACUGGGCUGCCCGCGUCGCCCAGAACGUUGGUGGGAGGCUCCGCCUGCGCCAUGUGGGUCUCCAAGACGAUGCCCACGACACCUGGCUGUUCUACCUCGACGUGAGGCUCCGCCCACUAGACUGGGCUCAGGAGAACCGUCUGUCACUGGAGCCCCCAGCAGAGUUGCGUGGCCUGAAGAGCGCCCUCGAGUGGCAGGAGGCCCUGGAGGCGGCGCGGAGCGAGGCCCAGAAGAACCCACUGCCCCUGGAGGUGUUUAAGGACCAUGCAGACCUGACCAAGCACUCCUUCAGGACGGGGAUGAAGCUGGAGAUGGUGUCGCCUUCGGAACCGUUCCACAUCUGCCCUGUAUCUGUCACACAGGUCUACAAUGAGCACUACUUCCAGGUCACAGUGGAUGACCUCACUCCAGAGGCCACACCCCUGUCCCUGGUGUGCCAUUCUGAGUCGCCGGGCAUCCUCCCCGUCCAGUGGUGUCUGAAGAACGGGAUUGGUCUAGAGCGGCCUAGGGGCUACCUGAGCCAGGACUUUGAUUGGGCGGACUACCUGAAACAGAGCGGGACUGAGACCGCCCCGGACGCAUGCUUCCCCGACGCGUGGCAGAGCCGAGGCUUCGCUAAAGACAUGUGGCUGGAGGCCGUUAACCCUGUCAGGCCCACCGAGGUGUGUGUGGCUCAGAUCACACAGGUCAGGGGUCGCCUGCUGUGGCUCAGACUGGAAGGCCUGCCUAAGUCCGUCCCUGAAUGUAUUGUGGAUGUGGAGUCCAUGGACAUCUUUCCUGUAGGAUGGUGUGAGACCAAUGCUUACCUCUUGACUCCACCACUGAAGCCUGUCUGCCAGCAGCAGAAGAAGAUAGCCGUCGUCCAGCCAGAGAAGCAGUUGGCUCCGCCACAACCAGUGGAGACAAUCCCUCUCAACCUCUGUGAGCCCAUUGCCAUGGAUACAGGCUCAGCCAAUGGGAGAUACUGUUGCUCCAGGAUCUACGUGAACCACCGCUGUUUCUCUGGCCCUUACCUGAACAAGGGGCGCAUCGCUGAGCUGCCACAGGCUGUAGGGCCGGGGAAAUGCACUCUGGUCCUCAAAGAGGUGCUGAGCAUGUUGAUCAAUGCGGCCUACAAGCCUGGGCGUGUCCUGAGAGAACUACAGGAUGUGGAAGACCAGCACUGGGACUGCCACGAGGAGACCCUCAAAGCCAAAUACAAAGGGAAGACGUAUCGAUCGUCCAUCCGGAUCGUGCGUCUGGCAGAGCAGAUCCCAGACUUCUGUCGUAAAGUGUGUGGGAAGCUGCAGUGCUGUCCCAACCUCUUCAGCCCCGUCCAAGUCACAGACCAGUGUCCUGAGAGCUGCUCCAUGCAGACCAAGACCAAAUAUAGUUGGUGUGUGCGUGCGCGAACAAAUACAGUAAUUUUCUACAAGUCGUAUUACUACGGUAAGAAGAAGAAGCUGUCUAAGCCGUUUGGAGGAGAGGAGAGUCUGGAGGCCAAACCCACACGACGCAGGAAGAAGAGGAAGGCCAUCUUUGUCCAGAAGAAACGGCGCUCGUCUGCAGUGGACUACACUCCUGCAGGGUCACCACAGGACAGUGAUGAAGACGAGGACGAAGAUUAUCUUAUGUUGCAGUCGGGCAGUGAAGAAGGCACCAGCUCUGAGCCGCGCGAGGACCACACAGACACGUCCUCUGUGGAGGUGGCUAACAGCCGGCCGCGGCGCGCCGUGACGCUACGCAGGGCCACCCAUACCGGCGUAGCUUCGAGCAGCCGUGAGGGUCCUGAAAGCAGGAGGCGGAGCACUCGGUCCCUGUCAUAUAACCAGGAGAGCAAGUACCACCCACCCAAGAGACAGGAGAUGCAGGUGGAGUGUAGUGAGGCGGAGUGCCAGCUGGUGUUGAAGAGUAACCCUCUGGAGUGGUCCGUAGAAGACGUGGUCACCUUCAUCACCUCCACCGACUGUGCUGCUCUCGCCAACAUCUUCCAGGAGCAGGACAUAGAUGGCCAGGCGUUGUUGUUGCUGACCCUGCCUACAGUCCAGGAGUGUAUGGAGCUGAAGUUGGGUCCAGCCAUCAAGCUGUGUCACCAGAUAGAGAGGGUCAAGGUGGCCUUCUAUGCCCAGUACGCCAAUUGAUCCUGGGUAUCUCACCUGGCACCUUUACCCUGUAGGGCACAGGCUGUCUGGAGAUGACCCAGUACACCUUCAUCUGAGGAAGAGGAGGAGAGAUGAUUUCGAUUAAUGCCAAGUCUGGGAUUACCUGGUCUGGAAGGCUGGGAAGAAAGUGGGAAAACUGGUAAUGCUGUCGCUUAGGAAUUCUUAAAUUCUGGACAAGGAUUACCUGGUCACUUUUCCGUGGAUUACUGAUGUCACAUAGAGAAGGACGUGAUGUCAGAGGAAGCAGAAGAGGAUACGGAGCUCAGGACGUCACCAUCAUCUGCGACAACAGGCAGAGAUUGGCUUGAAGGUUCAGAUUUCCAUAGUACUGUGUGGAAGGAUCAGUCAACUGUGAAUAGUUGAGUACGAUACAUAUGAGUCGAUCCAUAUGGAAUACAGAUCUGUGAAGAAGCUGAUCGAAAUUGAGGAUUAUUUUCUUGGAACAUUUUGAAAUCAAGGAUUAUUUUGGGGGGGGAAAUCGUAUUUUUUUUUACAUGCUGUUUGAGACUAAUGGCCCUGACAGCGUUUUAAGUUAUGAACAAAUGUUAUUAAAUAUUUGUUCAAUGUUUUCUCUCUUAGUUAUAUUUAAGUAAAUUAGGUUAAUAUAUUUGAUUACCGAAAAUUGGUUAGUAACCUACAAUAAUAUAUUUGCAAUAUUUAUUGUAUUCCUUAUUGAAUAGAUAUCUUAUUUGGAUGUAAGACAAAUAUAUUUAGAGUUGAUAGGCUAUUGAAAUGUCCAAGUCUUUGGUUCCAAAAAUGGAUUUAAGGAUGUUCAUGAGUUAUUCCAGUCAAUAGUAAUUGAGUCCUGCUAUUAAAUGAUCCCUUUUGUUUCUUCUUGUGUGCAUCGGGAAAUAGAAGGUCUGCUGCAGUUUCUGUUGUUGUAAAAAAGCCUGGUUACACUUUAUUUGAAUAGUCUGUCUGUAGAUGCUCUACAGGCUAUCAGUAACAUUUCAACUAACUACUAACCCUUAUUCUAAAAAUAACCCUAACCGUAGCAAGCAGUUGCUUAUCAACAGAUAGUCUGUUGCUUAGAAGUAGAUCGUUUGUUGGUAGUAUCUACAAUGUGACCAAAGUCCUGAAAUAGUUUUUUUUUUUUUCCCUUUUCACUUUUUAAUAAGUUGUUCUAACAAUCAUGUAAACAGAUGUGUAAAAUAUAUUGUAUCCAUCUAUGCAAAACGCGGUGCAGAUAUUUUUGAUAAGUGUUGAUAAGAAAAUAAAUUUCUACAGAAUUUUUGUAA